CUUUUCAGUUAGCGGACAUUUUAGUCCGUUGCACACGAUGAAAGCAUGGAGUCGUGUGGCUCAAAGAAGCUCUAGAUGUGGCUAACAGGGCUUUUUAACCGAAAAGGAUUUUCAUCUAAAUUUUAGCUCGAACAGGUGGACUGUAUCGAAUUUUACAGUACUGAAAUGCCAAAGACAUGUUUCAGGAGAACUCCACAACGAUGGAGCCACAGACCAAACGCUGGAAAGGGUCAGCGUGUGACUCCGACUCCUGGGUGGCUUAUCCUGUACUGUCAGAUGAGCAGUCACAAGACGUCGAGCUGAUUGAGGCGUUUGCUGCACCAAUUGUCAACAAGAAAGAGACCUCUCGCCUGGUCCGGGAGCUGAACAGUCUCUACCCGCUGAAUGGCCUUCAGCACGUCAAGAGGGUGCGGGCAGUCAAGGAGAAGGGCAGCCCCCACCCUCUGGAGGUCCUUGUGUGCCUCGUCAACGAUGCACCAGACAUAAAGGUGGUCAGCAUCAACACUUUGCUCCCCUCAGAUGGUGUUAGACGUGAUGGACUGGGGGAGCCUUUUGUGGUUAAGGUCCCUGCACGCCCCCCUUUGACCCGACCCCAAUUUGAGCUGGCGAGUAAACACUGGCCCACCUCCUUUCAUGAGGACAAACAGGUGACCGUCGCCCUGAGAGGAGAGCUCUUCAGCCCGCCUCAGAAAGCCAGGAUGCACAUGUACAUGAUGUCUGCUUUGACUGCUGCCAAAGCAGGGAACGAGUUGGGAAUGGAGGCCGUGGGAGCCGUGAUGGUCGACCCCACAGUGGAGAGAAUCAUCGCAGUGGGCCAUGACUGCAGAGGUGACCACCCCCUUCAUCACGCGGUCAUGGUCUGCAUUGACCUUGUGGCUCGGAGCCAGGGCGGAGGAUGUUACUCCUUCGACCGGUACCCCGCUUGCAGUUUCACUUCACCAACCUCAGACGCCUUUCAAAAGGUUCCAGAUGCAGAGCCAUGUUCCCAGUCGUACAUAUGCACUGGGUAUGACCUCUAUGUGACCCGGGAACCUUGUGUUAUGUGUGCCAUGGCGCUGGUACACUCCCGAAUAGGUCGUGUCUUCUACGGGACCGCCUCCGCUGACGGGGCUUUAGGGACCAAAUACAAAAUCCACUCACAGAAAGAUCUGAACCAUCGCUUUGAAGUUUACAAAGGAGUCUUGGCAAAGCAGUGUGAGGAGCUUAACAGUGUGGAUGACCUCGUUAAAAAGGAAAGUUUACAGGAAAGAAAAUAAUCAGUGUGUUAACUUCAUCAGUGGACUUGGAUUAUUGUGACAUCACAGGUGUAACUACAGGACUAAACAAAUGUUUUACAUUGCCUUUGUUGUAAAUAAAGCUUUUAAUCUUGGC